GAUGGCAGCCUACAACAAAUUUACGAGUCUGUUCGUCUUUUAUUUUUGUUUUUAUUUGUUUUUGUAAUUUUCGUUUCGCCUUGAAUUUGCCGUACAUUUACGCAAAAAAUACGUUUUUGGAAGUUAAAAAACCUUAGAUUGCAUACGACGUCGUAAAUUUCAAUCCAUAGACACAUUUCUGGAGACACAUUUCUUAAAAAUGAUACAUAACGAACGACUCCUUUGUAUAGCCUCGGGCUGCAUUUGUUUGGAUUCCCGGCAUUCGCGUUGAGAUUGUGAUGUGGAGGGGUGUGUCGUGUGUCGUCUGAGUUGGCUUGCGACUUUUAAGAAUUCGUUUUUUUUUCUCGCUAACGUCACCGGGAUAAAAUGAUCACUGCUUUGUGUGAGCGCUGAAUGACUCGAAUUUGUGGCGUGACAUUUCCCGAAUCUCAACAUCGGCGUCGACCACCAAGCGAAGACUAGUUCUGGCUCAGGUUCAAGUUGGUUUCCGAGCAAAAUUGAAAUGUCUUCGUACUUGGAAAUGACUGCUGUACAAGCUAAAAUAGUAACUAGAUGGCUGAGUGCUACAGUACAAUGAGAAGCCUUUAGUUUGUUAAUGCUAUGAUGCUUAAUGCCGUGAAGAGCUAGCUGGCUGCUGGUGUUCAAUAUUUUGGGAACCUAUACAGCUACAUGUCACAUCCAAUUCAAGUUGAAGCUGAAUUGAGCCACUAAGAGGAUUUAAAAGCGUUGAAGUCAUAGGUCCUGUGCAGGCUCUGAUCAACUCAUGUUGAUGACUAUUUCCAGCAAGAUGACAAAGAAGCAAUACAACUUGGUCCAGAAUGAUGAGUAUGAUUGUCGCAUCCCUCUUCACACAGACGAGGCCUUCCAGCAUGGUAUCACAUUCCAAGCGAAGUAUAUCGGUACUCUUGAUGUCCCUCGCCCAUCUAGCAGAGUUGAAAUUGUUGCAGCGAUGAGGCGAAUAAGAUACGAGUACAAAGCCAAGGGAUUGAAAAAGAAGAAAGUCUCCAUUAUGGUCAGCACUGAGGGAGUCAAGGUGUCCCUGAGGAAGAAGCGGAAGAAGAAAAAUGAAUUUGUUGAUGAGAGCAAGCUUCUAGUCAUGCAACAUCCAGUUUACAGGAUAUUUUAUGUUUCUCAUGAUUCACAAGAUCUGAAGAUUUUCAGUUACAUUGCCAGAGAGUCUCAUUCCAAUGUUUUCAAGUGUAGUGUUUUCAAAGCAGCCAAGAAGAGCCAGGCCAUGAAGGUUGUGAGAACUGUGGGCCAAGCGUUUGAAGUGUGCCAUAAGCUAGAGUGUGGAGAAGAGGAGGACUCAGAGCACAGCACCAGCGGCAGUGUGGAUCUGAGUGCCCAGCUGCGGAGGAUCACAGACGCGUCGUCUGACCCGCUCAGCAUGGACCUGCCUCCGUACGACUCGUCGGACAUCAUCAACACCGCCCUGCAGAGGCCGAACAAGCUGGAGCCGCUGUCCCUGCCGCCGGGAGGAAGCAACAUGCUUCUGCCAGACGAGCUCUUCGCCUCGCCUCUGGCAGAGCCGCUGGGCACGGAGGGCCUCCUGCCGCUGGCUGGCACCCCUCUCUCUGCUCACCAUGAGCAGCAGCUAUUGAGGGAGCAAGCCCUCCAGUACCAGCAGCAGGCCAAGGCGGCGCUAGCGCAGGUGCACCUGCUGCGCGACCAGCUGAAGGCCGAGGCCAAGGCGCGGGUGGAGGCGCAGCAGCGCACCCACCAGCUGCUCGUGCAGAACAAGGAGCUGCUCAGCCACAUCUCGGUGCUGGUGCGCCAGCUGCGGCUGGCCGAGCAGCCGCCGGCGCCGGCCAGCAGCGACGGCCGCUCCGACAGCGCCGAGGACGAGCUGCGCGACACGGCCGGCCCGUCGGGCGCCUCGUCGCUCGACUGCGGCCUGGGCAGCAGCAGCGUCAGCGCCGGUGCCGAGGUGCCGCCGCCGCCGGCCGCCGCCGUCAGCCGUCCGUCGGCCUCCACCAGUCCGUCGGGCGCGGCGGGACUGUUCAGUCGGCUGACCAGGGGCACGUGGGCGCGCCACACCACCACCUGAGCUCGCCGCCUGGGGCCGGUGCCGCUGUGUGCGCGAUCUCCUGGUGCUGGCUGAACUGAUCCGCCGGCCAUGUGGAGGACUGGUGCGCCGCUAGCCAUAUUCGUCCGCCGCCGUCCGUCCCGCGGCCGGCCGGGGCGCCGAGCUCCCGUUGUUGACGCUGGUGGGAGGCCCGCGGGCAGGGCGCCGCCCGCCCGGUGUAUGUGUUGUUUGCGCGCAGCUCCGGCCCCGGGUGCCUGCCUCGCGGCCCGCGCGGGCCGGGCGAGGAGGAGGCGGUCCGGGGCCGGCCGCCGCGCUCACCCUAUCACGUGCUACAUAAUCAUUGAUGUUGAUCUGAUUUACCCAGAGAUCUGAGAUGCGCUCAGUAUUUUUAGACACGAUGGUUGUUUUUCUGAAGCAAACAUCGGUCGACUUUUUGCGUAGUGGGCUGUGUAUUCAGCCGGCUCGUGUCAUGCAUUCUACAUACAAACGAUACAUUCCAUCCCAGGUCCGACUGAGAGUGUUCCGGGCAGCUGUUAUAACAGACGUACUUAGCGCAGUGUGUGCGAGAGGUGUAAGUUAAUAUACGUUCUGAGAUGUUC